UAAAACACUGCAAAAUGAAAAGCUUUAAGAAGCUCUCCGUGUCUCUGUCUCGCAUCUUCUAACUUCUAAGCCCACACUUUCAUUGUUUUCAGACAGUCUCACCAUGUACAUGUCCACUUCUCCCUCGUCUUCAAUUCUCUGCAGGUCUCGCUUCGCUUCUAGAGUCUCCUCCUCUCUCUCCUCUCUCUCUUCUCUCUCGCCUUCUCUUUCUAGACUCUCCCCUCCGACGUCGUUUGCCUCCCGUUCUCCUUCUUCACUCUCGUUCCCCUAUCACAACUAUCGUUCUUUGACCUUCUCCUCGGCGUUGUGGCCUUUGCGGUGCUCCGCUCCUCGCUGGAGCCAGGGAGUUGAUUUCUGCUCUCCAAUGAGCCUUCGAGCUCAGGCUCGAGCCGCUGCACCGGUUAUCGAGCGAAACCUUUCUAUUGUCGCCUGGGAACAUCCUUUCAAGGGGAUACUGACCAAACUUCCCAAACCUGGGGGCGGAGAGUUUGGAAAAUUCUAUAGCUUGCCUGCGUUGAAUGAUCCCAGAAUUGAUAGAUUGCCAUAUUCUAUAAGGAUACUUUUGGAAUCUGCAAUACGUAAUUGUGAUAACUUCCAAGUUACGAAGGAAGAUGUUGAGAAAAUAAUUGAUUGGGAAAAUACAUCAUCCAAGCAAGUUGAAAUCCCCUUCAAGCCUGCUCGUGUUCUUUUGCAGGAUUUUACUGGAGUGCCAGCUGUGGUUGACCUUGCUUGUAUGCGGGAUGCUAUGAAGAAUCUUGGUAGUGAGCCUAAAAGGAUCAACCCGCUGGUGCCGGUGGACCUUGUCAUUGAUCAUUCAGUUCAGGUAGAUGUGACAAGAUCUGAAAAUGCUGUGCAAGCAAAUAUGGAAUUUGAAUUUCAGAGGAACAAAGAAAGAUUUGCUUUUCUCAAAUGGGGUGCUUCUGCUUUCCAAAACAUGCUUGUUGUUCCUCCUGGUUCUGGCAUUGUUCACCAGGUCAAUCUGGAGUACCUUGGUCGGGUUGUCUUUAACACUGAUGGAAUCCUCUACCCUGAUAGUGUGGUUGGUACCGACUCACAUACUACUAUGAUUGAUGGGCUAGGAGUUGCUGGCUGGGGUGUUGGAGGAAUUGAAGCAGAAGCAACAAUGCUUGGUCAACCUAUGAGCAUGGUGUUGCCUGGUGUUGUUGGAUUCAAGUUGUCUGGAAAAUUACGUGAUGGUGUCACAGCUACUGACUUGGUUUUGACUGUGACCCAAAUGUUGAGGAAGCAUGGUGUUGUUGGAAAGUUUGUUGAGUUUUAUGGUGAUGGAAUGGCUGAAUUAUCAUUGGCUGAUAGGGCCACCAUUGCAAAUAUGUCUCCUGAAUAUGGAGCAACGAUGGGUUUCUUUCCUGUGGAUCAUGCUACCUUGCAGUAUCUCAAAUUAACUGGAAGAAGUGAAGAUACUGUGGCAAUGGUAGAAGCAUACUUGCGUGCGAACAAAAUGUUUGUCGACUACAAUGAGCCUCAACAAGAGAGAGUGUUCUCAUCUUACCUGCAACUAGACCUAGCAGAUGUUGAACCCUGUGUUUCAGGUCCAAAGAGGCCUCAUGAUCGAGUUUCACUGAAAGAAAUGAAGGCUGAUUGGCAUGCAUGUCUUGAUAGCCGAGUUGGAUUCAAGGGCUUUGGUGUACCUAAGGAAGAACAAAAUAAAGUGGCAAAAUUUUCAUUCCAUGAACAGCCUGCUGAACUUAAGCAUGGUAGUGUUGUCAUUGCAGCUAUUACAAGUUGUACAAACACAUCAAACCCUAGUGUUAUGCUUGGGGCUGGUCUUGUUGCAAAAAAAGCUUGUGAACUUGGUUUGCAGGUUAAGCCGUGGAUUAAAACUAGUCUUGCACCAGGUUCUGGAGUUGUUACAAAAUACCUAUUCCAGAGUGGCUUGCAACACUACUUGAAUCAGCAAGGCUUUCACAUUGUUGGUUAUGGUUGUACAACUUGUAUUGGGAAUUCUGGAGAACUUGAUCAAUCUGUUGCAUCUGCAAUUUCAGAUAAUGACAUUAUUGCUGCGGCUGUGCUUUCGGGAAAUAGGAACUUCGAAGGCCGUGUUCAUCCACUUACAAGAGCUAACUACCUUGCUUCACCUCCAUUAGUGGUUGCCUAUGCACUAGCUGGCACGGUUGACAUAGAUUUUGAGAAGGAGCCAAUUGGAAGAGGGAACGAUGGGAAGGAUGUAUACUUCAAGGAUAUUUGGCCUAGUAAUGACGAAAUAGCAGAGGUUGUGCAAUCUAAUGUGUUGCCUGAUAUGUUCAAAAGCACUUAUGAGGCUAUCACAGAGGGUAACCCCCUGUGGAAUCAACUCUCUCUCCCUGCUUCCACUCUUUAUUCAUGGGAUCCAAAAUCUACAUACAUCCAUGAGCCCCCAUAUUUCAAGAACAUGACCAUGGAACCACCAGGUCCUCAUGGUGUGAAGGAUGCAUACUGCUUGCUCAGUUUUGGAGACAGUAUAACCACUGAUCAUAUCUCACCAGCAGGCAGUAUCCACAAAGACAGUCCUGCUGCAAAAUAUCUCCUUGAGCGUGGGGUUCAACCCAGGGACUUCAAUUCUUAUGGCAGCCGCAGAGGCAAUGACGAAGUAAUGGCAAGAGGUACAUUUGCCAACAUUCGUAUUGUCAACAGGCUUUUAAGUGGAGAAGUGGGCCCAAAGACCAUCCACAUUCCCACUGGAGAGAAGCUUUAUGUGUAUGAUGCAGCAAUGAGAUACAAGGAAGCCGGGCAGGACACCAUUGUCCUUGCAGGACUGGAAUAUGGAAGUGGCAGCUCUCGAGAUUGGGCUGCCAAGGGUCCCAUGCUGCUGGGAGUAAAAGCGGUGAUUGCCAAGAGCUUUGAGAGGAUUCACCGUAGUAAUUUAGUUGGAAUGGGGAUAAUUCCUCUCUGCUUCAAGCCUGGUGAAGAUGCAGACACAUUAGAACUGACUGGUCAUGAGCGCUACACUAUUGAUCUUCCAGACAAAAUGAGUGAGGUAAGGCCUGGACAAGAUGUAACCGUCACAACUGACGCCGGCAAAUCUUUCACUUGCACAAUGCGCUUUGACACGGAGGUUGAGUUGGCAUAUUUUGAUCACGGUGGAAUCCUGCCAUAUGUGAUGAGGAAACUUUGUAAAGAGUAGAGGUCCCAACUUGGAAACUGCGGGGGGGUUUUCCCUUAAAAAUCUUUCUUCCUUCUGAGGAAAAAAUGUGCUGCUCCAGUACGAAUACGCAACUGUCUCCUGUUUCUUGGCAGGGUCACAAAGAAACAGGGUCACAUUUGUAACUAGAUUUUUUUUUUUUGGUUAUACUUUGGAGCAGGAUGAGGUGCUGCACUUGCAUGCGGUGGUGGCCUCAUGUUGUCGGCGAUGUAAUAUAAACGGUGUUGGAUGUAUUCUGGGUGUAUUGGUUGCAAGUUGUAAGCUUCUUAGUUA